GGUGGGGGCGGGGGGGGUGGCUGUGUCGUGGGCACAGAUGAGAGGCAAAACGUAUCACCCGCCGCUGAAGUUGACGGCGCCGUGGGAGAAGGAUGCCGGCUUCGGCAGGAAGCUCAAGACCUACAGGAACCGCACCAAGAUAAUCGCGCAGCCCGGCAUCGUGAUGAAAGUGCUGCGCAGGAAACGGAUCGUGCUGUUCGGGGCCUACUUCCUGCUCCUGGUGCUCACCAUGCUCAACUUGGCCAACUACAAGUGGACCAAGGAGCCGCGGGAGCCGUGCAGCCACCCGAUGAGGGGCGCCGCCUACCAGGGCCGCUCGGACCUGCGCUACCUCUACCGGCCCUCGCUGGCCAAGAAGAGGCAGCUCAUCUACGUGCUGACCACGUGGCGCUCGGGCUCGUCCUUCUUCGGUGAGCUGUUCAACCAGAACCCCGACGUGUUCUUCCUGUACGAGCCCAUGUGGCACAUCUGGCAGAAGUUGUACCCGGGCGACGCCGUGUCCCUGCAAGGGGCGGCGCGGGACAUGCUGAGCUCGCUCUACCGCUGCGACUUGUCCGUCUUUCAGCUUUACAACAGCCCCGGGGGCAAGAACUUCACCUCGCUGGGGUUGUUCGGAGCCACUCUGAACAAGGUGGUGUGCUCCUACCCGCUGUGCUCGGCCUACAGGAAAGACGCGGUGGGGAUGGUGGACGACAAGGUCUGCAAAAAGUGCCCCCCGCAGAGCCUCAGACUGCUGGAGGACGAGUGCCUCAAGUACAACACCGUGGUCAUCAAAGGGGUGCGCAUUCUGGACGUCAACGUUCUGGCGCCCCUCAUGGAGGACCCCUCCCUGGACCUGAAGGUGAUCCACCUGGUCCGAGACCCGCGGGCGGUGGCCAACUCCCGCAUCAAAUCCCGGCACGGCCUCAUCCGGGAGAACCUGCAGGUGGUGCGCAGCCGGGACCCCAAACUCCGCCGGAUCCCGUUCGUGGAUCCCGGCCACAAGGCCAACAAGAAAGACGGCUCGGACUACCACUCCAUCGGCGCCAUGGAGGUGAUCUGCGACCGCACCUCCCGGACGCUGAGGACGGCGCUGAACCCGCCCGGCUGGCUCAAGGGCAAGUACAUGGCCGUCCGCUACGAGGACCUGGUGGACAAUCCGGUGAAGACCCUCCGCGGGGUCUACCGCUUCGCCAACCUGACGGCCAACCGCGACAUCGAGUCCUUCGCCCUCAACAUGACCAGCGGCUCCAGCUCGUCGUCCAAGCCGUUCAUCGUGUCGUCCCGCAACGCCACCCAGGCGGCCAGCGCGUGGCGGACCGUCCUCAGCAUCCAGCAGAUCAAGCAAGUCGAGGACUACUGCCACCACUCCAUGGCCGUGCUGGGCUACGAGCGUGUGCGGACCGCCGGCGAGGCCAAGGACCUCGGCAAGUCGCUACUGACCCAGUCCAAACUGUAAAGACGCCACCC